CUUGCCUCAGAAACGUCGUGUGAACGGCGCGACUAAACAAGAAAGUUUUGCAGACAACCUAGCAGUUUAUAGUGUUUCACAAGUCUUUAACUUGGUCGUUUGUGUUUGACUUAUAACACCUAAGCGGUGUGAUACAGGAUAAAGGCAGAAUCUAAAGGGUUGGAGGAUGUCGCUUCCAAAACGGGAGGUGGAGGAGCUGAGGCCAUGGGUGGAGCGCACUGUGAAGAAGGUGCUGGGUUUCUCGGAGCCCACAGUGGUUACUGCUGCUUUGCACUGUGUUGGAAAGGGAUUGGACAAAAGGAAGACCAUAGACCAGCUGCGUCCCUUCCUCGAUGACUCUGCUGGAGGUUUUGUGGAGCGUCUUUUUGAAGCUUUGGAGGAAAGCCGCAAUGCACGUGGCAACAAAGGAGCAGGAGAAAAGAACCGCAAGAGAGAACUCAAGGAUGUGUUUGGUGAUGAGGCUGAAACGGGUGCGAUGCGAGAAGCUCCAGAGACAGGAGAUGGGACAGUUGCAAAGAGGAAAAGGGUGCCUCGCUUCGAGGAGGUGGAGGAGCCUGAGGUCAUACCUGGACCUCCAUCUGAGAGCCCUGGCAUGCUCACCAAAAUGCAGAUAAAACAGAUGAUGGAAGCAGCCACCAAACAGAUAGAAGAGAGGAAAAAGCAGCUGAGCUUUGCCUCUUCAGUCCCUGCUUCACAGUCACAGCUGGAAUCCCCUCCAGUUUCACGGCUUCUUGGCACAUCCGCUGCUGCAGCUGCGGGUGGUGCCUCAUCUAUCGCCCCCUCCCAGGCUGCCAGCUUCAUGAACGAUGCUAUCGAGAAGGCCCGCAAGGCUGCCGAGCUCCAGGCCCGCAUCCAGUCCCAGUUAGCCAUGAAGCCUGGCAUCCUCGGAGCCCUGGGAAACACCGGGCCUCACAACAUAGUGGCACUAGCUAAUCUACAUGCUAUGGGAAUUGCCCCACCAAAAGUAGAAGUCAAAGAGGUGAACAAGCCAACACCUCUCAUUCUGGAUGACAAGGGAAGAACUGUGGACGCUAGUGGCAAAGAGGUUGAACUCACACACCGCAUGCCCACACUCAAAGCAAACAUUCGAGCGGUAAAGAGGGAGCAGUUCCGUCAGCAGCUGAAGGAGAAGCCUGGGGAGGACUUGGAGUCCACGUCUUACUUCGACCAGCGGGUGUUUAUUACACCGGCUCAGCGCCCUCGCCGGGCCUUCAAAUUCCACGACCAGGGGCGGUUCGAGAAGAUUGCUCAGAGAAUCAGAACCAAGGCCCAGCUGGAGAGAUUGCAGAAUGAGAUCGCCCAGGCAGCAAAGAAGACAGGAAUCCAAGCAUCCACCAAGCUGGCACUGAUUGCCCCUAAGAAAGAGCUGGGAGAAGGAGAGGUUCCCCACAUGGAGUGGUGGGACUCCUACAUCCUGGCCAACAACAUGGACAUAUCAUCUGAAACAGACUUUGACGAUGUGGAGUUGUUUGGUGUGACCAACCUGGUUGAACAUCCUGCCCAAAUGAGCCCUCCAGUUGACACAGAUAAGCCGGUGACGCUGGGUGUAUACCUGACAAAGAAAGAACAGAAGAAACUGAGGAGACAGACACGAAGAGAGGGACAAAAAGAACUUCAGGAGAAGGUUCGUUUGGGAUUGAUGCCCCCACCAGAACCCAAAGUACGCAUCUCCAACUUGAUGAGAGUGCUGGGGACGGAGGCGGUUCAGGACCCGACAAAGGUGGAGGCUCAUGUUAGAGCACAGAUGGCCAAGAGACAGAAAGCUCACGAGGAGGCCAACGCAGCCCGCAAGCUCACAGCAGAGCAGAGGAAAGAGAAGAAGGUCAAGAAGUUAAAAGAAGACCUCACUGAUGGCGUUCAUAUCGCAGUAUACAGGAUCCGUAACCUGCAAAAUCCUGCUAAGAAGUUUAAAGUGGAAGCCAAUGCCAACCAGCUGUACCUGACAGGCACAGUAGUUUUGCACAAAGACGUCAACCUUGUUGUGGUGGAGGGAGGCCCUAAAUCCCAGAAAAAGUUCAAGAGGCUGAUGUUACACAGAAUCAAAUGGGAGGAGCACAACAGUAAAAGAGAUGAUCCAGAUGGUGAUGACGACACAAAGAGGAACAACAAGUGCUGGUUGAUUUGGAACGGCACAGCCAAAGAGCGCAGUUUUGGGGAGAUGAAGUUCAAGCAGUGCCCGACAGAGAACAUGGCCAGAGAACACUUUAAGAAACACGGCACAGAACACUACUGGGAUCUAGCGCUCAGCCAGAGUGUGUUGGACAGCACAGAUGACUGAAACCUCACUCGACGCGCCCCCUCUCCAAGCCCACCAGACCCACAGCCCUCACAGCCAGUUGGCCCUCACUGCCGACCGGCUGCCUUCAACUGAGGACAGACAAAUUUAAAUCAAAAGACUUGAACAUAGAAAAGGAGGAACAAUAAACUUGUGUGGAUGUUUUUGCAAGAAUGUGUGACAGACGAUUGCGUGUGUAGGAUGGUAUGUGUGUGUAUGCCUGCAUCAGUGUUCAUCUUUUGUUGGUAGGCUACUCUGUCAGAUAUUGUGUUGUCUACUGUUGAAUACACUCUGACAGAUUGCACUGUGAUGUACAUGACUUACCCAAGGCUUUUUGUGAUGACGAGAAAUGUCAGAUUCUGUUAUGACUCAACAUUUGUGAUGAAAUCCCCAUGUAUGCCGACAACAGUCCCUGUUUGGAUCAAAGCAGUUGAUAAGAGCCACCCCAGUGAUAAAUGACUGCACUGCUACUGUGCUAACACAUUCAAAGCAAACAUGUGAGGACUCCUGGGUGAUGUUACAAUACUGUUAUAAGAGUUAUUGUAGUCAUUAAAGGUACAUUUCACAGAAGUUAAAGUUCCCAAAUGCAUUUUUUCUGUUAGAGAAACAAGCAAAUCUUUGACUGACCUGUAGCUUUAUUACUCUAUAACAUUACAGUAACUUAAAUUGACAAAAUGAAGCCAACUUUAUGUACGUUGUACUCCACUCCGUUGAUACUCAACUUGCUUUAACAAUAAACAUCAACUAUUACUGUUUU